GAGUAGUUAUCCAAAAAAAAAAAAUCUAAAUAUUUUUCUUAAUUUGGUCGCAUCUUUGCACUAUUAAAAAAGUAAUAUCUAUCUUCUUCUUCUCUUCUGCGAUUUUCUUUGAUUAUACCUCCAGGGUUUCGCUCCUUCAUGGACUCAUAGAAGGUUGGAGAAGAUAACCUAGUUUGGUUUAUUCACCAACUUCCAUGUCCAUGAUGGACCAUUCUAAUGAUUUUCUCAGCCUGAUCGAUAUCGAUACUUCUCUCAAAAUUUUCAAGUGUCUGGAUGAUCCAGCGGAUCUAGUCCGUGUCUGCUGUGUUUCGCGAUCUUGGAGACAUUUUGUGGUUACAAAUGGCCUUUCUAAGCAGUUGUGCUUGAGAAUGUUUCCUCAAUUAUCUAGGGUUGCUUCUGUUGUUGAACUGAACCAGAAUGGAGUAAAUGGACAAACAGAUGUUGGAUCUAGCCAAUCUAUAAGUCCAGCUCUGCAGAAAGAUCAUAGAGUCUAUAGUUAUUUUGCCAAUUCCUGCUUAUCUCCUGUAGCUGUGGAUUGCAUAGCUAAGGCAAUUGGUGCUUCUAGCACUGAUAAUUUCCCUCAGGAGAGCAUUGAUCACACUCUUGAUGAAAGAGACAACGUUGCUGGUAGAUUUUCCUAUUGGUCAAGUAGUGGACAAAGUAAUCCCAAUGUGCCCGAGACAUUAACAUACCACUUGACCUCUCAAAUAUGUGUUAUUACAGAAAUCAAUAUUCAGCCUUUCCAAGCUCACUUUCAGAUGGGGUCACCUAUAUAUUCAGCAAAAUCUGUUAGGUUUAAAAUGGGUCAUCUUAAAGCCUCUUUAGAUGAUUUAGCUGGUGAAACAAUACCCAAAAAAAGAGAUAAUUUAGCUGAUGAAAGUGAAAAGUAUGUAUGGACCUAUACAUCACCGGAGUUUCCAAUGGCUCAGGAAAACCGGCUACAGAAGUUCACGCUUCCAGAACCUGUACUCUGUAUUGGUGGUAUCUUGCAGAUUGAGCUUUUGGAAAGGGUACAGAGGCAAGAAAUGGAUGGCUUAUUAUACAUUUGUGUUGCUCAUGUUCAAGCUCUGGGAAUUCAGUUGUCACCAGCAUUCACUGUUGAUGUUCUUGGGCCCUCUGGAAUGUUUGUGUUGAAGAGAAACCACCGGCCUAACUGUCAACCCACAGUGACUUCUGAAAAUGAGUCUGAAGCAAUCAUAACUGAUAGACAUUUCCGACAGAUUGUGACUAUAUUGCGGGCACAAGUAAUGGGAGUAGAAGCUAUGGAUGGUUGGGAUGAAGAUGAAUAUGAAAUUGAUGAUGAUUUUGAUGAAGAUAAUCCCUUGUGAUCUUUGCUUUGCUGGUAUAAACUGUGACGACACCCCCACCCCCCAAACAAUAAAGGAGAGAAGAAAAUUUAAGAAACUUCAAGUGAGGAAUCGUUGCGAUGAAACCUGUUUCUAUGUAUACUGUAACCUUUUAAAGUUCAGGUUUUCUGUGAUUUUACUAUUUAUUUUUAUUCUCAGUAUCUUAUAGUCUUGGAUUGUAAUCUGUUUAAAUUAAAUUCCUUGCUGUAGUUGUACUAACUGUCUGCCAGAAGCCCAGAAACUUAAUUGGUUGAGUAUGUCAUGUUUAUUUGUUUAACUCAGUCCUUUUCGGUGGAGCGAAUUUGGAUUUUCACCCUCCAAUCUGUUUUGAUCUGUCCAGCACAAUCCAUCAAAACAGGGUUGGCUUGUAAGGCUCAUUUUUAAUUUAAUUUAUUGAUUUUACCUUU